UAAUGAUAAUCAUUACCACCUGCUUAUCUUGUUGCUUUUUAAAGCCGUUUACUUCUUUUACAGAACAGUCAUCUCCAUCGCCAAAUGUAGUACCUCCCGCUGUUUGUGAAGUUCCAUUUAACUGUCCAUCAGAAAAUACCAUAGCCUGUCCCCAGGAAGGGAGUAUUCCAAAAGAAUGUACUGGCACGGAUACGACCACUACAGACAAAAUAACCACGACUACUCUAGCACAAUCAACAACGAUCACUUCAGAUACUCCAACCACGACUACUCUAUCACAUUCAACAACGACCACUUCACAUACUCUAACCACGACUUCUCUAACACAAUCUACCACGACCACUGCAGACAAUCCUACUACCACUCGAGCUAAGAAACCAUGUGGUUUGAACGGUCGUUUGCACAGACAUGGCCAAUAAAAGCAGUACAUUAAGACGAAUGUAUUAGCAUUGAAUAUGAAUAAAACAAAAACAUCCUGAAAGGAAUAA